UGUAGUGCGAAUGGCAGCAGUGCACGAAGAAGAACUUUCUAUGUGUGUUUUGCUCGCUGGCUGCAUGGAAAAAUAAGAUUUUUCCAUAUAUUUUGUAAUCCCAGCCCACGGAAAAACUUCACCACACAGAGAAAAACAAAAAUAAAUGAUGCUUUUCAUGCUGCUGUUUAGUCGGCAGGGCAAACUGCGGUUACAAAAGUGGUACAUGGCCUAUCCGGAUAAGGUGAAAAAGAAGAUCACCCGGGAACUGGUCACUACGAUACUGGCCCGCAAGCCCAAAAUGUGCUCCUUUCUGGAGUGGAAGGACUGCAAAAUUGUCUACAAAAGGUAUGCCAGCUUGUAUUUCUGUUGCGCCAUCGAGCAGAACGACAACGAACUGCUGACACUGGAGAUCAUUCAUCGCUAUGUGGAGCUGUUGGAUAAGUACUUCGGCAGCGUCUGCGAGCUGGACAUUAUCUUUAACUUUGAAAAAGCAUACUUUAUCCUGGAUGAGCUGCUCAUUGGCGGCGAAAUCCAGGAGACGUCCAAAAAGAACGUACUUAAGGCGAUUGCCUCGCAGGAUCUGCUCCAAGAGGACGAAGCCGUUGAGGGCACUUUAAGAGACAUUGGACUCCUCUAAAGAACUAGAACACCCUAGAAAUUAUGUAGUUGAUAUUACACGCACACCCCGACACAAUAACACACACAGUUACACCCCAGCGAUAACGUGUGCUGCACUUGGCACUUUACAGCACUGCUCCAUCCACUCCUCAACACUAGUGUGUGAUUUGGCUGUUGUACAGCACUGAAGCGCUGAAAAAAAAAUUAUAAGCAAGAAGACGCCAAGCAGCGUGAGGCUCCAAAAAGCAAUAAUACUAUAUAGUAACAUCAGAGCAUCUGGUAUGCGGUUUUUCAUACACUCUAUCUCGUAAAUUUCACGCACAGACACAAUAGAUUCAGAAAAGUUCAUGCAAAACAAGCCAACCUCACGUAGUUCCACCUGGGGUUCCUGAACUGAAUUAAUAUUCCUCUUCCUAUCUACAUUUUAUAAUCGAAAGAUCAUUCCAAUCAAUCACCAAAUGGGCAAUAACUAAUUUAGUGGGGAAAUAUAUGCAAUACUAUUCUUACAAUAGAAACAUGUAAGCUUUAAUGUUGAUUAAAUGAGAACGAUAUAUAAUUGAAAAUUGUAAUAAUAACCGAAU